GUGUCUUUCGCCGUGUUAGCCAGAGCAGGACAGGGAGAUAAUGGCUGCCUCUAAGCCUGUGGAGCCACAAGGCAGUCCCGGGAUCCCUCACUGGAAGCUGGCUCUGGCGGUAGGGGCUCCGCUGUUGGUGGGCGCCGGGGCCGUGUAUCUGUGGAGGCGACACAAGGCGGCGAAAAGCGACAAGCAGAGAAGGACUCCGGAAGGAAGCGCCAGUCCGGUGCCGUCAGAAGGCGGCUCUAAUAAUCCACAGGAUGCCCCGCAGGAGCUGAGCCCAAUUGAAAAAGCCCAAGCAGCAAAGAACAAAGGAAAUAAAUACUUUAAGGCCAGCAAAUAUGAACAGGCCAUCCAGUGUUACACAGAAGCCAUCAGCCUCUGCCCUGCCCAUAACAAGAGCGAUUUGUCUACUUUCUAUCAGAACAGAGCAGCAGCGCAUGAGCAGUCGCAAAACUGGAAGGAAGUAGUAGAGGACUGCACAAAGGCAGUGGAGCUAAAUCCAAGAUACGUGAAAGCACUGUUCAGGCGUGCCAAGGCCCAUGAAAAGCUUGACAACAAAAAAGAGUGCCUGGAAGAUGUUACUGCUGUCUGCAUCUUAGAGGGCUUUCAGAACCAGCAGAGCAUGUUCCUUGCAGACAAAGUUCUUAAGUUACUUGGAAAGGAAAAGGCCAAAGACAAAUACAAGAACAGGGAACCACUCAUGCCUUCGCCCCAGUUCAUCAAAUCCUAUUUCAGCUCCUUCACAGACGAUAUAAUCUCUCAACCUCUGCAAAAGGGAGAGAAGUCUGAUGAAGAUAAGGACAAAGAAGGGGAAGCGGCCGUGGUUAAAGAAAAGUCUGGGUACUUAAAAGCAAAAAAAUAUAUGGAAGAAGAAAAUUACGACAAAAUAAUCAGCGAAUGCACAAAGGAGGUAGAAUCAGAAGGCAAAUACAUGGCUGAAGCUUUAUUACUAAGAGCCACAUUCUACCUGCUGAUUGGAAAUGCUGCUGCUGCAAAGCCAGAUUUGGAUCAGGUCAUUAGCAUGGAAGAAUGCAAUGUUAAGCUCCGUGCAAAUGCCCUUAUCAAGCGUGGGAGUAUGUAUAUGCAGCAGCAGCAGCCGGUCCUUUCUACUCACGAUUUUAACAUGGCAGCAGAUAUCGAUCCCCAAAAUGCUGAUGUUUAUCAUCACAGAGGGCAGCUGAAAAUCCUUUUAGACCAAGUAGAAGAGGCUGUUGAAGACUUUGAUGAAUGUAUCCGACUGCGACCAGAUUCUGCGUUGGCUCAAGCACAGAAAUGUUUUGCACUGUAUCGGAAAGCAUAUACCGGCAGCAACCCCAUACAGAUCAAAGAAGCUAUGCAAGGGUUUGAAGAUGUCAUUAUCAAGUUCCCAAAGUGUGCAGAAGGUUAUGCACUCUAUGCCCAGGCACUAACUGAUCAGCAGCAGUUUGGAAAAGCUGAUGAAAUGUAUGAUAAAUGCAUAGAUCUUGAGCCUGACAAUGCCACCACCUAUGUUCAUAAAGGCUUACUUCAGCUCCAGUGGAAACAGGACUUGGAAAAAGGUCUAGAUCUUAUUAGCAAGGCCAUAGAAAUAGAUAACAAAUGUGAUUUUGCCUAUGAAACAAUGGGGACUAUAGAGGUUCAGAGGGGGAAUCUGGACAAAGCCAUUGAGAUGUUCAACAAAGCCAUCAAUCUGGCCAAGUCUGAGAUGGAAAUGGCCCACCUCUACUCACUAUGUGAUGCAGCUUAUGCCCAGACUGAAGUUGCAAGGAAAUAUGGGUUGAAGCCCCCAACACUGUAAUAGACUUUCUCUCUCUCUCUCUCCCGGAAAGACAAAGUGCUGUGAGCGCAAGAAGCGGAGCUGCAGAAGUGCGUCGUUCUGCUUGUGCCACUGUCAUUCCUUCUGUUAGUUGUUGUGGGAGUUGUGGGAGUCAGUCAUUGUCUCGAGUGUUUCCCUUUGCAGCAGUCCAUGAUGACGAGGGAAUCCAGGUAUCAUUGCAUGAGAGCUCAACAUAUUGUCAGCCAUGCAAAUAAAACUGCUGAGGGUUUUUUUUUUUUCUUUCCUGUUCUGACCGGGGUUGGGCACUUUCCCCCCCUCUCUUUCCAUUUAUAUUUUAAUAUUCUGGUCAUUUUUUUUUUUACAUGUUUCAGUUCACCUUCUCUAACUAGUCACAAACAACUGAUUCUCUUUUUCUGUAGCAAUGAAACUGUCAAUUUGUGAGCUUGGAAACAAAAUAUUCAGCGUCUGAUUUCCGCCGUCAUUUAGAAACGUUUUUAAUCCACCGUUUCUUUGAACCCCCCCCCUGGUAGCACCGCAGUACUGACCCACUCACAAUACCUACAGGCUUCAGAACUUGCCGAUUUCACUGAUUUGGGGAAUGUUUUCUGAGCGGCGCAACAGAUUUCUCACCCGUGUCCCAAACGUGAUUCUUCCCAACAGGAGCUCCUUGUACGUAAUUUCCUUUUUAAUGUUAAUUUAUGUUCCAGAGAAUCAUGCUUGCCUAUAAAUGAUACCGUGUGGACCAUCA